CUCGGGCGGUCUCCGUAUACCCGCUUGAGUCUGGUCUCCCUUCCACUCUCACUAACUGCUAUUCUCUCCUCGCACUCGCACACAGCACACAGACGCACUCAAACAGCCAAACCCACACAGCGUGGCGAUCCUCCUGUCUCAGCUAUUAUGGCGUUCGGAGCAGCCGUCCUCGUGUGUUUACUGGCUUUUCUUGAGGUGCAGCUUAGGGUCAUGGGAGAUUGUCCCCUUGAUUUGAGUGGGUCAAAUUUUACUCUUGCAUCCUCUUUGUGCUCUAACAAAGAAGAUAGAGGAAAGUGCUGCCGUUAUAUCAAUGCUUUUGUGGCAGUUUCUGUUGCUCGCUAUGCCAAUGUGUCUAGCAACCUGGGUGUUCCUUCAGAGUUGUCUGACAUCUGUCUCCACUCCAUAUCAGAGACCCUAAAACUAUAUGGAAUUCCACAGAAUGCAACAGUUUUCUGUGCACUUGGUACAAAAAUUCCAGUUACUUAUGAGUGCAUGGGCCGAACAACUGUUAUGCAGAUGUUGCAAUCACCAAAAUUUGAGGAUGUCACAGAGAACUGCAAAUUGCCACUUUCAGAGGGAAGUAGAUGCAGGAGAUGCUUAAAUGCCAGCAUUUUAUACCUUCGCCACCUUAUAGGAGCUGAAGAUAAUAUUACAUUGAGUACAUGCCGAGAUGCAACUUUUGCUGCUCUUGCAAGCCAGGGUGAUAAUGUGUAUACCUAUGAAAUAGCAAGCUGUUUCUUUGGAGUUCAAGGACUUGGCAUUCUUCCAGUGGUAGUUUCACAGCCAUCCUCGCCAACUCUCACACCUGAGACUUUUCCGGGUCCAUCUCCUUCUGCUAGCCCUAGUCAACUUUUAGUAGGCAUACCUCCUAAAGAGCAUCACCAUUCAUACCACUUCACAGUAAUCUCGGGUGUUGGCAUUGCAGUCACAGUGGUUGCUGUUUUUCUGCUUGUAGUUUUGAUAUUUCUCAUCCGGAAAAAAAGCAGAGAGUUAGAGGAUACAGAGAAUCUUGAAAAGACCUCUUGGAAAUCCUUACCUCCUAGGCCAAUUCGUAAAUGUCAGGAAGGUCCAUCUAUGUUUCGGAAGUUUAGCUAUAAGGAGACAAAGAAGGCAACAGACAAUUUCAACACCAUUAUUGGACGAGGGGGAUUUGGAACAGUUUAUAAGGCUCAAUUUAGUGAUGGUUGUGUGGUGGCAGUGAAGCGAAUGAACAAAGUUUCUGAACAAGGGGAGGAUGAGUUUUGCCGAGAGAUGGAACUUCUUGGAAGAUUACACCAUCGUCAUCUUGUUGCUCUAAGAGGCUUUUGUGUUGAAAAACAUGAGAGGUUUUUGAUGUACGAGUACAUGGAAAAUGGAAGUUUAAAGGAUCAUCUACAUUCUCCUGAUAAAACUCCAUUGAGUUGGUCGACUAGAAUCCAGAUUGCCAUUGAUGUGGCCAAUGCUCUGGAGUAUCUCCAUUUUUAUUGUGAUCCUCCUCUCUGUCAUAGAGAUAUCAAAUCUAGCAACAUUCUACUAGAUGAGAAUUUUGUUGCAAAGGUGGCAGAUUUUGGCCUUGCACAUGCUUCGAAAACUGGCUCAAUUAGCUUUGAACCAGUGAACACUGAUAUCCGAGGAACUCCAGGGUAUAUGGAUCCUGAAUAUGUUGUUACUCAGGAGUUGACUGAGAAGAGUGAUAUAUAUAGUUAUGGCGUGCUGUUGUUAGAACUGGUGACUGCAAGGCGAGCAAUACAAGAUAGCAGAAACCUGGUGGAAUGGUCCCAACCUUUCAUGGCAACAGAAUCUGGACUACCUGAAUUAGUAGAUCCUGCAAUAGGGGAUUCUUUUGACUUGGAACAACUCCAAACUUUGGUCACAAUUGUCAGAUGGUGUACUCAAAGAGAAGGAAAAGCAAGGCCUUCAAUUAAACAGGUCCUCAGACUACUCUAUGAGAGUCUGGACCCAAUGCAUAGUGGUUAUGUGCAGGCCAUGGAAGAUGAAAGUGCUGAAGAUAGGGGAAGGGCAAGCAAAGGGAAGGUGCACAGAAGUGAGGUAAUAUUUCACAGUGGAGAUGCAAGGUGCAUCCCUUCUUCUUCAAGUACCUCUAGAUCCUAUUGCAGCAGGAGCUUUUUACUUGAAACUGGUUCACCACAAUCUCCUCCUGGCAUUUUCUCCCUUUAAGAUGGAAGAUGGAUUUGCACCUCAUUCAUCUGCUUAAGCCACAUUGAUGCAUCACGGGCUUGGUUAUUAUACUUGGGAUAAGCAAUAGACCCUGGGCAAGGGAUCACUCUGCUUCUUCAUUAUUGGUAAAAGGCUUCCUUAUUUGAGAAGGUCAAGGAGCUGAAGAUUAUUACUGCCAUUGCCCUAAAAAAUGGCAAUGCUCAUUGUUUCUGGUUGCUUGGCAUCGUUCCCCAUGUAUUUUUCUUCUGUUUUAAAAUUUUCCCUGAAGCAGAUUUAUGGCGUCAUUUGGAUUGAUUGUUGAAUAUUGAACAUAUUUGUAUUUAGAAGUAUGGGGUAGGUAUUGCUUACAUAUUAUGCGGGUCAAAAUUGUAUCUAUUUGCCUUUUGAUUCGAAAUUUCAAAUAUAAAAUUAUCUGAGAUGUUGUACUAUC